AUGGAUACGUCUGAGUUUGGAAUUGUCUACGCCGUUCAUAUAAUCACCGCCCAGUUCGGUUCCGUCGUAUCGAAAGUUUGUGAAUGUCUUCUUCGUAAAGGAUCUCUUUCUUCGAGAGACAUCUCUCGUUUCUCGGAAUCAGAGAUCAAUCAUAACAAAGUCAAGGAUAUUUUGUAUCUCUUGAUUCAGCAUAAUUGUGUUCAAGCCUUUUCUGUGGAACCUCGUGCUGGUUCCGAGAGCAAAGCUAUUGUACAGUACUUUGUGCUGUUUAACAACAUUAUUCAUCGUGUGAGGUAUAACAAGUUUUCGAGGGUUGUAAACGAAGAACUUGGGUCUCAGUGCGGCGCAGUUCUUGAUGGUUUACUUACUAACGGUAGGCUUACCUUGGGACAGCUGAUAGAAAGAGACAGAGAUUCAGAAAAUACGAUAGGUUCAGAAGUGAUCAGAGAUUCUCUUCGGAAAUUGGUUGCUGCCCGUUUUGUUGAGCGCAUUCCUUCUCCCGAACCUGUUAUUGGAAAAAAAGAACAAGAGCCGGGUCAAAAAAAAAAAGGCACUAGAGCUGCCCAGAUUAUAAAAGAACCGGAAACCUUAGAGGAACGUAUUAUUGAAGCAGCAACUCCAGUUGACGCUAUAAGGUUUCCACUUAUAUUCGAACAAGGUUCAAGUUCAUCUUUAGCCGACAAUGAUGGCAACAUCUCCGAGGGGAAGCGUAAGCAACAUGACGUGGAGUCAUCAGAUUCGAGAAAUGAAGUAAUUUGGCGUCCUAAUUUCGAGGAGUUCAUCCGCCACCUUAGACAUAAGGCGUGUGUGGAGAUAGUGAAAGAGCGCAGGGAUGAAGGAUGUGCCAUUGUCUUGAGGGCAAUGUUAGAAGUAGGAAGAUCUCAGGAGAAGAAGGUGAAAACCGCCAAGUCGGUUCCAAUGUCAGUUGGUUCUAUUUAUGAAGAGGUUAUAAAGACAGAAGCAGGUCGCACUAUGUUACAAGAGCGAGUUGAAGCAUGCCUUGACCAAUUGAGUGCAACGUCUUCAUAUCUACCAGCAUUUGUGAUAGAAAUGGAUGAUUCAUACAUAGUUGAUUUUACUUCCAUUAUCAGCGUAGCACAGAAAGACGAGAUGGAAGCAGUAGUUUUGAGAAGAUAUGGGAAAGAAGCUUUCAGAAUGUUCAGAUACUUAUCACAGGAAGGUCAUUUUGUUGAGACCGAUAAGAUUGCCGAUGCCGCGCUCACUGAAAAGAAAGACACACCUCAAAUCCUUUUGAAGAUGUGGAAGGAUGGAUACUUACAUAUGCAGAAAUUGGCGGUCACGGGUGUAUAUGUACCCUUCCUAUUGUGGAAGGUAAACAAGCUGAUUGUGUCAAGGCAAAUGUUGGAUGAGAUGUAUCAUGCUUGUUUAAACUUGAGUCUCAGGUUGACCCAUGAGAUAGAUUCCGAGAAAGAGUUGACGUUGCUCCCAUUGAAUAAACUGGAAGGAGCAUUAAAAGAGAGACUGAACAAGAUCAAAGCUAAGAGGCUGUUGCUCUCUUCCACUAGCUUUAAACUUGAUGAUGCCAUUAUGCUUUUCCAUGACUUUUAA